CCUGUGCUGGGGGGUAUAAAUCCUCCACCACUCCACUGUGCAGACAUGAUCGAGCCAUGGCCUUCCUGUGGAUCCUCUCUUGCCUCGCCUUUAUUGGUGCCGCCCACGGUUGUGGCAGGCCUGCCAUCUCCCCUAUCGUGACCGGUUACUCUCGGAUUGUGAACGGCGAGGAGGCGGUGCCUCACUCCUGGCCCUGGCAGGCGUCCCUGCAGGAUUGGUCUGGAUUCCACUUCUGUGGUGGCUCUCUCAUCAACGAGAACUGGGUGGUGACUGCUGCCCACUGCAACGUCAGGACUUCUCACUAUGUGAUCCUCGGAGAACAUGACCGCAACUCCAACGCUGAGAACAUCCAGGUGCUGAACGUUGGUCAGGUGUUCAAGCACCCUCAGUACAAUUCCUACACCAUCAACAACGACAUCCUGCUCAUCAAGCUGGCCACCCCCGCCCAGCUUAACACCCGUGUGUCCCCCGUGUGUGUGGCUGAAACCACCGACAACUUCGCUGGAGGCAUGAUGUGUAUGACGUCUGGCUGGGGUCUGACCCACCAUGCUAAUGCAAACACCCCCGCUCUGCUGCAGCAGGCUGCCCUGCCCCUCCUGACCAACGCUAACUGCAGCAGCUACUGGGGCAGCAACAUCACAGACCUGAUGAUCUGCGCCGGCGCCUCUGGAGCCUCCUCAUGCAUGGGUGACUCUGGCGGUCCCCUGGUCUGCCAGAAGGAUGGAGCCUGGACUCUGGUGGGUAUUGUGUCCUGGGGAAGCUCAACCUGCAGCACCUCUAUGCCCGGUGUGUAUGCGAGAGUCACUAAGCUGCGUGCCUGGAUGGACCAGACCAUAGCUGCUAACUGAGCGCGUUCAGCAGAAGGACCCAGCCCCCCCCCCCCCCCCCCGUUCAGAACCUCUACAUCAGCAUGUCUUUUAGCAUGAACAAACGUUUUUCUCCUCUUGGUCUCCUCCUUCCCUUUAGGAUCCACUACUGUCCCUGCCAUUUUCUCAUGUGAAUUCAGCACAUGAACUGAAUAAAACAUGUCCAAAGAA